AUCUUCAUCAGUAUAAGUCAAUGAGCUUACUCUUAUUCAGGGUUUCACAUGUCUCUUCUUAAGGAUUCAAGUGCUGUCUGACACUGUUAACUGAGAGUGGUGGAAAGAUGAAGGUUGAGCUUAUUUUGUGGAGCAUUCUCCUCUUACUGCUUGUCAAGGCUUAUGGAAUUAGAGCCAGGGAGAUGGUUGGUGACAACCAAUGGAAUCAUGGAAAUGAGAAGAGGAUGACGCAGGACCUCUUGAUAAGGUACCCUUCAGAUACUGAUGCACACCUCCACAAAGGGAUCAGUACUGGAGACAAUGUUUUGAGGCUCCCCACCAUGGAUCAUGCGAGGCAAGAACACGAUGGCCAUGGAGAGGUUCCGGCAAUGGACAUUCAUGUUCAUCUAUCAUCCCACAUGGAUCACAUGGACCCUUCAGUGAGGGUGUUCUUCACCCUGAAGGAUCUCAAGGUUGGGAAGAUGAUACCCAUAUAUUUUCCCAGGAGAGAUCCUUUAACUUAUCCUCACCUGUUGCAUAGAGAACAAGCUGAUUCCAUCCCUUUCUCAUUGCAAGACCUUCCUUACCUUCUUCAGUUUUUCUCCUUAUCAGAAGACUCUUCCCAAGCCAAAGCGAUGAAAGAAACACUCAGAGAUUGUGAGAUUGAAGCCAUCCAGGGAGAGAUCAAGUUCUGUGCUACCUCUCUGGAAUCCUUGCUUGACUUUGCACAGAGCAUCUUGGGAUUGGAUUCCCAUCUUCAAAUGAUAAAAACUACCUACAUCUCAAAAUCAAGUACCUUAUUCCAGAACUACACUAUUUUUGAAACCCCAAAAGAGAUACCAACUCCCAGGAUGGUGGCAUGCCACACCCUGCCCUACCCUUACAUAGUUUUCUAUUGCCAUAGGCUACUCAGUGAAACCAAAGUGUUUAAGGUGCAAUUGGUUGGAGAAAAUGGGGAUGAGGUGGAUGCACUUGCAGUCUGUCACAUGGAUACAUCUCAUUUUAGUCCCAAUCAUAUCUCAUUCCAGCUGCUGGGGUUUAAGCCAGGGACCUUGCCUGUGUGCCAUUUCUUCCCAGACGAUAAUCUAGUUCUGGUUCCAGCGCCCACCCAGAUUUAAAUUAGCAGUCUUUUAUGUAAUGAAAUCAGUACUGUACUCAAGGGAACUAUCCCCGUUACAAUAAAUGCAAAUGAAUUUC